UUUUGGCGUGUUUUUGUGUCACGAGAGUGCAGCGCCAAAAAGCCACGUUUUGUUGAAGGUCCGCGCGCGUUUAUUCUACAGCAGAAUCGAAGGGACGUUAAAGUUGGACGUAUAUGACAUGUCGAACGGUUACGAAGAUCACAUGGCCAAUGAGCUUAAAGACUCCAAAACAAACCUUAUCGUCAAUUACUUGCCUCAGAAUAUGAGCCAAGAUGAACUGCGGAGUCUCUUCAGCAGCAUUGGAGAGGUGGAAUCUGCAAAACUUAUUCGUGAUAAAGUAGCAGGCCACAGUUUAGGGUACGGAUUUGUUAACUAUCUUAACCCUAGUGAUGCAGAAAGAGCUAUCAGUACUCUCAAUGGACUGAGACUACAGUCUAAAACUAUCAAGGUGUCAUAUGCCAGGCCAAGCUCUGACACCAUAAAGGAUGCCAACCUCUACAUCAGUGGGCUGCCUAAAACAAUGACACAGAAGGACGUAGAAGACAUGUUUGCACAUUAUGGCAAAAUAAUCAACUCCCGUGUGCUUGUCGAUCAAGCCUCAGGACUAUCUCGUGGGGUAGCCUUCAUUCGCUAUGACAAGAGAGCAGAGGCAGAGGAUGCGAUUAAGGACUUGAAUGGGCAGAAGCCACCAGGUGCUUCCGAGCCCAUCACUGUAAAAUUCGCUGACAACCCCAACCAAGCUAAAAACACACAAGUUAUUUCCCAGAUUUACCACACACCGUCUCGCCGCUUUGGGGGGCCAGUCCACCACCAGGCCCAGAGAUUCAGGUUUUCUCCCAUGAGUGUGGAUCAUAUGAGCAGCAUGUCUGGUGUUAACAUGCCUGGGAACUCCUCAUCAGGCUGGUGUAUUUUUAUCUACAACCUGGGGCAGGAUGCAGAUGAAGGCAUUCUCUGGCAGAUGUUUGGGCCCUUUGGAGCUGUCACAAAUGUCAAAGUGAUCCGCGACUUCAACACCAACAAGUGCAAAGGAUUUGGAUUUGUUACCAUGCCAAACUAUGAAGAGGCAGCCAUGGCUAUUGCCAGUCUCAAUGGCUAUCGGCUUGGGGACAAGAUUUUACAAGUGUCGUUCAAAACAAGCAAGUCACACAAGUAGAAAACAUGAUUAACAGGCUUACUUCACCAAGAUGUCUCGUGUUUCCUACAGUGCCAGAGAGGCUGGCAAAGUUUGAAAAAAGAAACUUAUUUUUAGUGUAAUCUCUUUGCAAAUUUUCACGUUUCUCAGUCUCAUUUAGACAUCUGUUUGACAGUUUCUUUUUUAAGAUUCAAGUUUUUGGAUGCUUCAAAUGCAAGUGUUUUUAGGCAUUCUGGUUGUCCCAACAUUUGACCAAUUCUAUAUUUGAUAAAAUAAUGCGUGUCUCAGUCAUUAGCCUGAAAAUGUUGCAAUGUGCCAUAUGUGUGGUCAAACCCUUAAUUCACCCACCAGAUGCUGGCUUUAAGACUCUGGAUUUUACAUUUAACAGUACCAGUCAACAUCUUGCAUUGCUCUUCAGUAUUUAUGAUGCCUUAAUUUUACGUCUUGAUUCUUCUUGCCCUCAAAUGUAGCACUUUUUGGUUUUGCAAGAAUAUCAUUCAGAUCUUGAAAUUUGAGUUUUAAAUCCAGCAUUCGGAGUGCUCAAUACAUUGAGGCAAUGGCAUAGGAAGCAGAGUGUCUGUAAAAUGUUAAUAAGCCUUUGUUUAGUGAGGGGAAAGACUGAUCAAUCUUGUGUAAGGGACCCUCUGAGAAGACUAAGAAGGACCAAAGACAUAUGGACGGAAGGUUUAGUUUACCCAACAGAAGUGCUGGUUGUACAUCCCUAAGCAUAGUCCAAAUAUAUUUGGACAUCAGAAUUCUUGAUACUGAGUAUUUAUGUAAAAAUGUAAUAACAUUUGAGCAUCAGCAUCUUAUGUUUCAGAUUUGCUUUUUAGUUUUUUUUGGUUUGUUUUUCCUCUUGGUAAAACAUACUUCAAGUUUAGGUUGGUUAUUUGAAAAUAGAUACAAGUACUAAUCCACAUGCUUUUUAAGACUGCCUUGUGAUUAUUAUUUUGUGUUUUGUUCUUUUUCUUUUUUGCUUUUGUUUCCUUAUGGAACCUUUCAUUUUCAUUGUUUCACAUGGCAUAUACAAUCAUUAAAUUUUUUUUGUUUUGAACUUUGUUUUGUUUCCUUUUUUUCUUAAUUUAUCUUUUAGUUUAAUUCGUUUUUUUUUUAUGUAUCUAUUUAGAGGCACAGUACAAUACAUUUCCAUAUUUACAGGUACAUUCAAUGAAGUCGGCAGUUUUUAUCUUCGAGUCACUGUAGUUCACUAGAGGAAUACUACAUUACCAUAAUUUAUUAUUUUAAUUGAGUAUUUUAUUAUUUCACUUUUGUGUGCUUUUAAGGCAUUGGACCAAAUUGUAAAGAUACCACUUGGCUAUCUGACAUUGGUUGACUUCAUAUUUAAUUUGGUCGAUGGAGUGUCAUGAUUGUGUUCACUUCGUGAUGUGCCCCUUUCUCAACAGUUCACACUUGGCUUUGUUCAGAGUUUUUUUAUUUGUGUUUUUCUUACCGGAAAUUCUCAUUGAGGAGUGGUGGCAAAUGUUGAAAGAGGACCACAGACUCCUGCAAAUGUAAAAGUGAAGUUAUCUUCAAACUGUUGUCCAUAGAUUGUACAGCCGUAUCACUCUAAUCCCUCCGGUUUUACUCCUAAAGUCUUCCAGCAGCUCAUAAAACCCUUCAUAUAGGUUUGCCUGCAGCUGAGUGAAAUUUGCGAAUUAUCCAAGAUGUGUCUCAUAAGAGCCCAGAUGGGUUUUUUGCUCCCUCUGGUACAAGACUUGAGGUUUGUAUUGUGUGUGUGUGAGCUUGUAUUUAUAUUUUUGGUGACAUCUUAAUUGGCCUGUACAGCUAUACUCUAUAUUCAAACUACAGAAUUGUUAUACUAGGCAGCAGUUUACAAAACUUGGAUGAACCAGCAUCACCUGUUACUUUUAAAAAUGAUUCAUGUGAACUUAAUAGCAGCUUAGUAGAGUAAAGCUUUCGUUUCUUCUGUCAUCACUUUCGGUUGCAUGUCUUUGGUUAAAAAAAAAAAUGCUUGAUGGCAUUCUCUGAAAGUGGAUGUUUUGGCAUAAUGUGUGCAACACUGCAAAAUCGUUAGUCAUAAGAGUUAAAAUACAUCAACCUUUUACAUGUUCAUCUUUCUGAUAUCCUGAGGUUUUUAAGAUUAAACGGGCCCAUGAAUGCUCUGAGAUGCCAGUUGUAAGAUUAACAUGUAGAAUUACCUGCUGGUUGAACAGCCUUAAUUUAUGUUGGAAAUACUGGAAGAUUACUAAAUGGAAGAAUUAUUUAUUUAGCACAUUGUGUAUUGGUUAAAGUGUUGAUAUUUAUGAGUGAUUUUUAUUUUUAUUUUUAUCCAAUACUUUGAUUCUACAGCAAAAGACAUCUGUUAUGAGGUACUGUCUAACAUGUAGUUGUGAAAUAAAAUAUCAGGCAUCGUUGCAAAAUUGGAUAAUUGUGUCUUGGUGGAAAUUUG